CUGUUAUAAUACCACAGAUCACUCUGUGUGUUCUUUUUUUUUUUUGAGAAGAGUUUAAAGCUGCGGCGGAAAUGGGGAAGAGAUGCUGUGCCGUGGGGUUAGCAAUGAUAAUGGUGAUGGGGUUGGCGUCUUUGACGCUAGCAACCAGCAGGAGAAGUAUGCUGACCAAUGGUAUUGGAUUGACUCCUCCCAUGGGGUGGAAUAGCUGGAAUCACUUCUACUGCAAAAUUGACGAAAAAAUGAUCAGAAAAACUGCUGAUGCUCUAGUUUCAACUGGGCUUUCCAAGCUUGGAUAUGAAUAUGUUAAUAUAGAUGAUUGCUGGGGUGAAAUUUCUCGUGAUGAGAAGGGUAAUCUAGUGCCUAAGAAGUCAACCUUUCCAUCUGGGAUAAAAGCUCUAGCAGACUAUGUUCACAAAAAGGGUCUUAAGCUAGGGAUCUAUGCAGAUGCAGGGUAUUUUACUUGUAGUAAGACAAUGCCUGGUUCACUUGGUCAUGAAGAACAGGAUGCUAAAACGUUUGCUUCAUGGGGUAUUGAUUAUUUGAAGUAUGAUAACUGUCACAAUGGUGGCUUAAAGCCAAUUGAAAGAUACCCUGUCAUGACUCGUGCUUUGAGGAAGGCUGGCCGCCCCAUCUUCUUCUCUCUAUGUGAAUGGGGAGAUAUGCACCCUGCUGAAUGGGGUGCCCCUGUAGGAAAUAGCUGGAGGACAACUAAUGACAUAACAGAUACAUGGGAAAGUAUGAUCUCCAGAGCUGACCAAAAUGAAAUUUAUGCCGAAUAUGCAAGGCCUGGUGGUUGGAAUGAUCCUGACAUGCUUGAGGUGGGGAAUGGAGGGAUGACAAAAGAUGAAUAUAUAGUACAUUUCAGCUUGUGGGCAAUUUCCAAGGCUCCUCUUCUUCUUGGUUGUGACAUAAGGAACAUGACAAAAGAGACAAUAGAGAUUAUUUCAAAUAAAGAGGUCAUUGCUGUUAACCAAGAUCCAUAUGGUAUUCAAGCUAAGAAGGUUAGGAUGCAAGGUGAUGAAGAGACUUGGGCAGCACCUAUUUCUGGUGAUAGAGUAGCUGUGGUCAUACUCAACAAGGGUCCUAUUCGUACUUCUGUUACAGCUCGCUGGGAUGAUAUUGGACUAGCCUCCACAACUGUUGUUGAAGCAAGAGAUCUUUGGGAGCACAAAACACUGAAGACAAAAUUUGUGGGCAAUCUGACAGCGACUUUGAAAUCUCAUUCCUGCAAAAUGUAUGUGCUGAAGCCAAUUGCUUAAAAAAUCACUCUUACCAAACACCAGUUGCUUUGGAAUGUUUGUGAUGCUAGUAGUCUCUUCACUCUUACGUGUUUUAAGCUUUUAGCGAGUAGUCACCUGAUGUUGCAGUCAUCUAGAAUUUUGUAAUUUCUGACGUGACAUGGAAUUAGUUUUUCAUUUUCUUUUUUUUUUUUGUGGGGGGGAAGAUCAGUACAUGAAUUAGUUGUUAAUAACAUGGAGGAAGCAAAGCUUUCCUCUAUGAUAUUGCAGAUGCGUAAAAGUUGUUAUCAGGUUGCAAUUGAUGGUUGCGGUCUUGCAGACAUUCUUUUCAUAUGUACUUAUAUAUGAAAUAAACCAUAAGAUUAGACUUAGUUCUCA